AAAAUACAAAAUGAACGAAACAAUUGAUAAUUCGAUUAUUAUCAGUAACUCUAAUGAGUUAAAUAAAUGCGUGUUCAUUAAUACGAACAAUCCAGAAGUAAAAAAUCACGUUCAAAAGAAAAAACUUCCUUAUCCUUCAUUAAAACCACCAUUUCCACCUUUAAUCGAUCCAAAAGAUUUAUUGAUUAUUGGUAAAGAUAAUAAACCUACUAGGUCCCCAAAUGCAUUCAUUAUUUAUCGUAAAGUUUUCUUUAAAACUAUUAAAAAUGAAGGAUAUGUUUUACCAAUGACCUCCAUUUCUUCGAUGGCUUCACAAUCUUGGGAACAAGAACCUGAAGAAAUUAAAAAUUAUUAUAAAGGACUUGCCAAAGAAGCAUUUAAUUAUCGAAACGAACGAUUUCCUAAAAAAGUUAAUAGACGUAAAAAACGAGAGAAAUGGAAUGUUAUUUCUUUUAAGAGUACUAUUCCUAAUAACGAUGAUGGUAAUAAUGUUUCAGAAAAUAUAAACAAUGAAAUAUUGAAUAUCGGAAAUUUACAAUUACCUACUCCUACUGAAGAUAUUCUAAAAAAUCCGUUAAUUAGUGCUUUGAUUAAUGAAGUCUUAUUACAAAAUCUUAUCGCGUCCAAUGAAUUAUCUUUAAAUGCCUUGAACAAUAACAAUAAUGAUCAAAGUAAUAUACAGUCUGAUAGUUCAUUAAACAAUCUCGAGCAAUUCAAUAAUUAUUUCAAUGAUAAUAAUGAAUUACAACAAGAAAAAAUUUAUCCAAGUCCAGAUUUAUCAUUGAGCGAUGAAAGUAAUCUUGCAUCUCCAAAUUUAGAUGAAUUAUUUAAUACUUUUCCUAUCGAAAAUUUACAGCAAAUGGAAAAUAAUAAUAACGAACAGAUUGAACAAGAAAAAGAAAUUCCCCAAUUUGUUAUCAACGACUUGUCACAACAAUUCUGGUUUUCUCAAAAUAAUGAAACAACAGGUUUAAAUACUUUUGAUAAUUUAACCACUUUUUUCGACGAUACGCAAUCAAACUUUCUCGAUUGCCUCGAUAACUUGAACAAUGACAACGUUACCAUAAAUGAUACAAAUACAGAAGUGAAUUCCGAGCCUUUACCUGAUUUUAUAGAAUACGAAGGUCCCGACGAUUUGGGAAUCACAAUCUCAAAUGAUGAUUUCGAAAAAUUUUUCUCCUUAUAAUUAAUAUAUUUUUUAUAUGGAAAAUUUAUAUAAUAUUAUACAUAUAAAUAUAUAUUUUAUUUCAAUAUGAGAAUAAGUUGUAAAUAAAUGUAUGUAUUAGAUGAUAUCAUUGGCUUUUCAGCUAAUAAAAACGACUAUACCGAAUUAUGCCUUGAAUUAUGGGGGAGUAUUUGGCAAUUACCUUCUUUUUUUACCUACAUUAUUUCCCUUUUAUACUAGUAUUUCUAAGAUGUUUAUAUAUUAUAAUUUUUAAUGUAUGCGUAACAAUCCCCCUAAGCAAUUUAAGCAUUAUGUCUUAUUAAAUCAUAAAGAAUCAAUAUUUUGAAUUAAAACUUUG